AUGUCUUCACCUAAAGAUAUCCAUACUAACCGUAGACGUAGUAUAGCAAAGCUUACACGGUCACCACUUUCAUCAUCACCAAUUCCAUCACCACGAUUUAACAAUUCGUUUUCUAACCAACAAUUCAUGAAAAAGUUCGAAGGUUCCAGCUCAGGGGAAUCUAAUGUACUUGUAGAUGAUGAUGACGAAGAUUUAAGUAAAUAUUUGAAUGAUCAGUCACUUAAGAAUGAAGGUGGCGAUAUCACCCGAGAUAUUUAUAAGCUCAUUGGUAGUAGAAAGAGUAGUAAUAGUGCCAAUGGUAGUAAUACAGGAGUUAAUGAUAUAGAACCCCGUAAAAUGAAUAGAACUAGAAGUUUAUCCCAAUCAGAUAUCGGGUCCAGAAGAGGUUCAACAGCUUCAUCCAUCAAUGUGCCCGGAGGAUUCCGUAGAGCGUUUAUUCAGAAUAAAAAGAGAGAUGCUGAUUUUGUCACCAGGAACUUUCUUGAGUUCUUAACUAUUUAUGGUCAUUUUGCCGGUGAAGAUUUAGAAGAUGAUGAAGAUAUUGCUUGUCAUUAUAAUCCUUAUAAACCCAAAUAUGGAUUCACCACUGAUGAAAAUACUCCAUUGAUUGGAAACUCCGAUCCGUUUGAUUAUGGUAAAAUCAAUCCUAAAGGUACUGCCACCGAUUCUAAGGCUUAUUUCCUUCUUGUUAAGGCAUUUGUAGGUACAGGGGUUUUGUUUUUACCUAAAGGGUUCAGUAAUGGAGGGGUGGUGUUCCUGAUAUUGUUAUUAGCAUUUUUUGGAUUCUUAUCAUUUUGGUGUUAUUUGAUUUUAGUUUAUUCCAAACAAAUGACCAAAGUAUCCAGUUUUGGUGAUAUUGGAAGUAAACUUUAUGGCAAAUGGUUACAACAAUUGAUCAUCUUAUCGAUUAUUAUCUCUCAAGUAGGGUUCAUUGCUGCUUAUAUGGUAUUUACAUCUACUAACAUUCAAGCAUUUUUAAGUAAUACUUUAGGUAUUAAGGAUAUUGAUAUCAGUUGGUUCAUUAUUGGUCAAUUAGUGUUAUUAAUUCCUCUUUCAUUAAUCAGAGAUAUCACCAAAUUAUCUUUAGUGGCAGUAUUUGCCAAUUUCCUUAUAUUAUUUGGACUUUUCACCAUCAUAUAUUUCAUUAUGAAUGAUUUGAUCGACCAAAACUUUGAAUUGGGCCCAGGAAUCGAAUUUUGGUUCAAUCAGAAACAAUUCUCCUUAUUUAUCGGUACAGCUAUCUUUGCAUUUGAAGGUAUUGGAUUAAUCAUUCCUAUUCAAGAUUCAAUGAUCUAUCCUAAUCAUUUCCCUCAAGUAUUAGGUGCGGUGAUUCUCACCAUUUCCAUUAUCAUGAUAUUCGUGGGAACCAUUGGUUAUAUCACUUAUGGAGAGAAGAUUCAAACAGUUAUCUUACUUAAUUUACCUCAAGAUUCUCCGUUGAUUAUGAUUAUCCAACUUUUCUAUUCAUUGGCUAUACUUUUAUCUACUCCGUUACAAAUCUUCCCUGCUGUUAGAUUGAUAGAAUCCAAAUUAUUCACCAAAACAGGUAAAUACUCCAAUGCUGUUAAAUGGGGGAAGAAUUUAUUCAGAAGUAUUUUCGUUAUAUUAACAGCUAUCAUUGCUUUGUAUGGAGGUAAGAAUUUGGAUAAAUUUGUUUCCUUUGUUGGAUGUUUUGCUUGUAUACCUUUAGUUUACAUGUAUCCUCCAAUGUUACAUUUAAGAAGUUGUUGUGAUUACAAGGAUAGAGGCGAUAAGAAGUUCUAUCUCGCAGUAUUGAAUUAUGUUCUUUUGAUUAUUGGUCUGGGAGCUUUGAUUUAUACCACCUAUGAUUUGUUAUUUAACUAA